AUGACUCCACCACCUGAAUACCACAAUGGACAACUGGCUCCCACAAACAACACAAAAGCAGUGGAAGAGUGGGAAGAGUGGGAAGAUGACGAUGUCAUCACUCCAAUAGACGCAGGAGAACAGGUUCAAAUCUGCCUGCCUGCCAACGCACCGCCACCGCCAUCAAACAGGAAUACAAAAUCUGCGAAUCUGAGGGCGUCCAGGCUAGCAACGCCCAAAGUGCGAAGAAUUAGAUCACGCCAAAGGCAAAAGGCUCAAAAUGCCAAAGCUGGAAUCCACCUCAUCACUGACAUGUCGGUUUUCCGCCGCAAUAAUCAUGCCACGAACAACAUGCGCAGUCCGCCAGGCCGAAAAGGAAAGUUUGUCGACGCCGCUGCCCUGAGAGCCCUGGAAGGGGAACCUAGUUCAGCAUCAGUCGGGAACUGGAACUGGUUGAAGAAGGGAAGUGGGAAGACUCCUGAGCCAGCGAUAGAAAUACGGAAAGAUCGAAAUAAGGACCAGCAGUUGUCACCAGAGGACAGGCCCAUCGUCAUUGGAAUCUCGCUGGAAUCGUCAGAUGUGGAAGGGCAGGAGAUUAGCCCUCAAACUGCGCUGACUGACGACUCGAGAGCUCCGUUUCCUGCGCCCGAGCUGAACAAUCACCAUGCCCCCCAAGCGGCCAAGGUUGGAGUUCAGGGACACAAAUCCGUCUGGUCCCCUGAUACGCCAAACACCUCAUACUCGUUUGGAUCGAACAAUGUGGCAUCUAGCCUGUACUCGCAAUUCAUCAUGCCAAAUCAGACUCCCAAAGAACAGGCCCGCCCCCCGGUUCCGGCACUGCCUUCGAAUUACAAGAAGGCCGCGCACCAAAGGGUUUCGAGCCUUGACCUAGGGAAAAGUCGACAAGGGGAUGAUGAAAGUGGCACACCAUGCACUCUCUUCGAAGAAGAUGGGGUUCCAAGCCCACAGAGGCAACCCAAGUCCAAGGAAUUUGGUGCCAGCCCUGAUAGUGCCAGUUCAAGAUCACACGGUUGGUGGGAUCAUGUCGUUACACCCUUUGUUGACAAGAAAAUGUCCUUUUCAAGUCGAAAGUACAAAGCUGAAUCUCCAAAGUCACCCAAAUCCCCCAAGUUUCACAAAGAAAUGUCCAGGGAUGGGUCAUGGGAAAACCUCGAUGUCAAGGAAGAGUCUCGAUCAAGACCAUCUCCAAACGUUGCUCCGGCACCAGUAAAAGCACCGAUUGUUCGAACACCAACACCACGCCGAACAUCACCACCACAGUCUGAUACAAUACAUGCAGAGAACCCUCAAAGUCUCUUGACAAAGACACAAAUGUCUGCUGCAGGGCCGAGCAUGAGACAGACACCGCGAAUUGUCAUUAGUCGCGACAGCCCAUGCCCAUCAGAUAUUCCACCACCUUACUCACCACCCAAGAAGAAGCAAGAUGGCAAGCCCAUUAGAUAUCGAGCCGUCUUCCCACCUGGACACCCGCUCCAUUCUCAAUUUCCUCCUACCCCGAGACCGGCUUCUCCGGGGCUAGCCGGCACAAUGACUUCCCAGAGAGGACACCAAAAAGAGAACCUGAACCACGCCUCUGCUGUGCCCACGACGCAAACACAGCCGAUUACUACUGAGCCCCUUCCCGUGCGAGCAGUGGGGACAUUCGUGACUCAAGAACACGCAUACUCUGCCGCAGGCAGCGGACACAAAGUCGAGCGGCGGCGGCGGCGACAUGAAAAAGAGGAUAUCAUUGCUCGCCGCGCCGGUGGAUUCUGGAGAGGACGUGGCUGCAUCUCGUCAAGGGGCUGUUUCGGACGCACGGGUCGUGAAGGCCGCAAGAGAAGACGGGUCUGGAUGGCAAUCUGGGCCGGCGUCGUUGCCUUGAUCCUUCUCAUCAUCUUGUUGGCAGUGCUGCUCACACGCAACCACACCCCAGCAGAGGCACCGUCUAUCUGGGUCAACUUGACGGACUUCCCGCCCAUGCCCACAGGAGUCUUGACUGUUGUGGGACCGGAUAAUACCGCUGCUAGAUCUGUUUGUACUGAACCAUCUACGCUCUGGAGCUGCUCUCUACCCAAGGAUCAACAAUCAUCUGUUUUGCCAUAUAAAGCAAACCAGCCAACGCUGAUUAUGCAAAUCCAAUGGGACAACGGAACUCGUCGGUCGUGGAACGUUGCCAACGGAGAUGCACCUGCACCUUUAUCGCGCAGAGCAUUCGGAGCAGCAUCUCAUGCCCUGAGUGUCGUAAGGCGUGAUCCAGCACCAGCCGAGUUCUCUCCCAAUCCCGCGGCUCCAAAGUUCAGAGAAGUGUGGUUCCUCGGCGAGACAACUGACAACAUAAAGUCGGACCAGAAAGGCGGCGAGCCAGCACCCUUCUACAUCAGCCUCCUCAGGUCGACAAACGACACUGUGCCGACACCAAGUGUCUCCCGCAGAGGAGUCAGUCCCAAUAUUGGCAACACGACGUUCAAAAAUCUCAUCCCGCCUCCAGACUUGGAAAAGGACGGCACGUCCGCCCCGGCAGUCAUGAUUCCCAACCCCGUCCAGCAGCCUAUCCGUCUCUUUGACCGUGGCCUAGCCACCGAACACUACGGCUUCUACACAUACUUCAAGCGCACCAUCUUUCUCAAAUCAGUCAACAUCCAGAACAGCACGGACGACAAUAUCCCGCUGGAUGAGGACGGUGGAUGCCGCAAAACAGAAGCCUCUCAUCUCGUGACGUGGGGCGACACCCGGCUUCACGUGCAGAUUUGGACGCGAGCGCUGUCAAGCAAUACGUCCUCGUUGCUCAAACCGGAUGGCAGUAAAGGAAUUGGCGGCACAGGUGAGCUCGUUCGGCCUGGGACCAUGCCGUACCCCGUGACUAUUACGCAGGACACGCAUGGCGGAGAUCCGGAUAAGAAGCUCGUCUGGGAUCGUCCCAUUGACGAUCGACUGCAGGUUGCGACGACGGAGGCGCAGGCGCUAGUCAAUGACAUGGGGAAUGGGGGAACGUGGGUCAAUAAGAGGGGGACUGGGGAUGCCAAGUUUGGAGGGUUUGAUGGAGGCAGCGGAGGAUCCACUAAUAGGAAAAUUGCUUUGAUUCAAGCCGAGUUCCCCACCACGGCCCGAACAGCUGCCACUCUGAAAAGAAGUCGCCUCCAGAAGCGAACCCUGCUCAGCCUCGCCAUCGAAUCGUCAUGCGAUGACACGGCCGUCGCCGUCCUCUCGCAUGCACCGCCCUCCACAACGCUUCUCUUCAACGAGCGCAUCUCCUCCGAUAACCGCGCCUUCAAGGGCGUGCACCCCGUCAUAAGCGUCCAAGGCCACAACUCGUCCCUCGCGCCGCUCGUCCAGAAGGCGCUCCAGUACCUCCCCGAUGCCUCGCCCUCCACCCCAUCCAUACGGAUCCCCUCCGACGACGGGGCGCUCCUGAUGAAGCAACGGCCAGACUUUGUGUCCGUGACAAGGGGGCCCGGGAUCAUGGCCAAUCUAGCCGUGGGAUUGAACAUGGCCAAGGGCCUGGCAGUCGGAUGGGACGUGCCGCUCGUGGCGGUCCAUCACAUGCAGGCUCAUGCCAUGACGCCCCGGCUCGUGAGGGCGUUGGAGACCGACGCCGGGGGGUGCAGGGACAGUCGCGGCCCCGAAUUCCCGUUUUUGUCGCUCCUCGUUUCCGGCGGGCACACGCAGCUCGUCCACUCGACGGGACUGACGGGGCACCGCAUCGUCGCGACGACGGGGGACAUCGCCAUCGGCAACCUCCUCGACCAGACCGCCCGCGUCAUCCUCCCCGCCCAUGUCCUCCACGCCAGCCCAGACGUCAUGUACGGCCGGCUCCUCGAGUCGUUCGCCUUCCCCAACAGCCCGCCCCACGAGCAAUACUCCUUCUUCGAACCGGCUGCGUCCCGCUCCGACGAGAUCGACACCCUCCCUACAGGAUACGCCUGGGACAUCCCGCUUCCCUUCCGCAACACACGCCGCCUCGCAUACUCCUUCUCCAGCAUCCACACGCGGGUCCAUCGCAUCGCCGCCUCCAAUCCCACCAUGUCUCUCGACGAGCGCCGCUCCUUGGCCAGGCACACCAUGCGCGCUGCCUUCCAGCACCUGUGUUCACGGCUUGUCGUCGCUCUUGAAGACAGACCCGAGCUGCGACCAGCUGCAAGGACAAUCGUCGUCUCGGGCGGCGUUGCUUCAAACAAGUUCCUGAUGCAUGUUUUGAAAGAAACCCUUCGCGUCAGGGGGUAUCCGGACACGGAAAUCAUAGCCCCGCCGGUCAAGUUCUGCACGGAUAAUGCCGCCAUGAUUGCGUGGACGGGGAUGGAGAUGUUUGAGAGGGGGUGGUGUUCGGAUUUGGGUGUCUUGCCGGUGGGAAAGUGGCCCAUGGAGAUGGACGGUGGUGACGGAGAUGGGAUAUUGGGUGUCGGGGGUUGGAUAAAGAAGGGGGGCACACAGUAA